CUUAUCGGAGUGGUGUUGCUCUUUUCCAUCAGAAAGCCGUCACUCCCUUUUUCUUUCGUAAAUGUUCCGAACAUCGCCCGAUAGAAAAUCGCUCUCUACGCGCGUUUCCCCUUCGAAACAAAAUUGUUGUGCAAAUGUAAAUAAAUAAAAUUCCCCUCGCAGCGUUCCGUCACCAAAAACAAUUUUCAUGUUUGGCAAAAUACUCAAUAUGAAUGUGGUGGUCUUCCUGCUGAAUGUGCUGAUUGUGGUGGUGGUCAGUGGCGGGCCCGCUUGGCGAGAAGUCCAAAGGGGCGGCGGGCUGAGGGUCGGCUCCGGCGCCGGCAAAAACUCCUCUUCGUCGAGAGGCAACGGAAUUAGGGUCGGCGGCAGCACCAGAGGCGUUCGGAUCACCACCACGAUGAUGCCGGAAGGCGACCAAGUCAGCCAACCGACCGCUACGGCCACUUCCAACCACCAGCAUACGCCUCUCAAUGUGGGGAUGGUGCUGCCGUCCAAGUCCUUCGGGGUGAGGGAGUACACCAAGGCUGUCACUUCGGCCAAGUACAACUUGCAGAGGAAAUUACGGCUUUUCAAGCACCACGAUAUCAAGGUUCACAUCGUGAUGAAAGAACUCACCCCUAGUCCAACAGCAAUUCUCAAGUCCCUCUGCAAGGAAUUCCUUUCGGUUAAUGUGUCAGCCAUUUUAUAUUUAAUGAAUUACGAGAAAUACGGUCGAAGUACGGCAUCUGCACAGUAUUUCCUUCAAUUAGCCGGCUACUUAGGGAUACCUGUCAUCGCCUGGAAUGCGGAUAAUUCAGGAUUGGAAAGGAGAGCAUCACAAUCUUCCCUCCAACUUCAAUUAGCGCCAUCGCUGGAACAUCAAACAGCUGCGAUGUUGAGCAUAUUAGAGAGAUAUAAGUGGCAUCAAUUUUCAGUGGUAACCAGUCCGAUCGCAGGACACGAUGAUUUCAUACAGGCUGUGCGGGAGCGAGUCUCGGCAAUGCAGGACCGCUUCAAGUUUACGAUCCUCAACGCAGUCCUCGUAUCACACCAUCGCGACUUGGCUGCACUUGUGGAUUCUGAAGCCCGAGUAAUGCUGCUUUAUUGUACGAGUCAAGAAGCAAUAGACAUACUUACUGCCGCUAAGGAUUUUCACCUUACUGGAGAAAAUUAUGUUUGGGUUGUAACACAAAGCGUUAUAGCGAACCCACUUGAAGCACCAGGCCAAUUUCCAGUUGGCAUGUUAGGUGUACAUUUUGACACAUCGAGUUCCAGUCUGGUAAACGAGAUAACGACCGCAAUCAAAGUGUAUGCUUAUGGUGUGGAAGACUUCACAAACGACCUGGCAAAUGCAGGGCGCUCCCUUAAUACCCAACUUUCGUGCGAAGGCGAAGGUGCAGCUCGAUGGAAUACCGGUGAUCGGUUUUUUCGGGUACUUCGCAAUGUGAGUGUUGAAGGCGAAGCCGGGAAACCCAAUCUGGAAUUCACGCAAGACGGAGUGUUGAAAGCGGCUGAGUUGAAAAUAAUGAAUCUUAGGCCAGGAGUUAGCAAACAGCUCGUUUGGGAAGAGAUUGGAGUUUGGAAGUCCUGGCAGAAGGAGGGUUUAGACAUUAAAGACAUUGUCUGGCCGGGAAAUAGCCACACGCCACCGCAAGGAGUUCCUGAGAAGUUUCAUCUAAAAAUCACUUUUUUGGAAGAACCACCAUACAUAAGCCUAGCACCUCCUGACCCCGUUACAGGAAAGUGUUCAAUGGAUAGGGGGGUGUUGUGCAGGAUUGCCAGCGACGCAGACAUCACCGAGGUCGACACGACGCUGGCCCACCGCAACGGCAGUUUCUAUCAGUGCUGCUCUGGAUUUUGCAUCGACCUUUUGCAAAAAUUCUCCGAAGAGUUGGGUUUCACCUACGAACUCGUCCGUGUUGAAGACGGGAGAUGGGGAACGAACGAAAAUGGAAAGUGGAACGGCCUCAUUGCUGAUCUAGUUAAUCGAAAAACAGAUAUGGUUCUGACGUCGCUGAUGAUUAAUGCGGAAAGAGAGGCAGUGGUAGACUUCAGUGUUCCUUUUAUGGAGACGGGAAUUGCAAUCGUUGUGGCCAAACGAACUGGAAUUAUUUCUCCGACGGCAUUUUUGGAACCGUUUGAUACAGCCUCUUGGAUGCUUGUGGGGGUUGUCGCAAUUCAAGCUGCCACCUUCACCAUUUUCCUUUUUGAAUGGCUGUCUCCGAGUGGUUUCAAUAUGAGAUUGUCGCUUAAUCAGUCAACGCCAUCAGCGUCACAUCGUUUUUCGUUAUUCCGCACUUACUGGCUGGUUUGGGCUGUCCUUUUCCAAGCGGCGGUUCAUGUUGAUUCUCCCAGAGGAUUCACAGCACGUUUUAUGACAAAUGUUUGGGCGAUGUUCGCCGUAGUCUUCCUUGCCAUAUACACUGCCAACCUCGCAGCCUUCAUGAUUACCAGAGAAGAGUUUUUUGAAUUUUCAGGUCUCGACGACCACCGCUUAUCGCGGCCAUACUCGCAAAAGCCACUCAUCAAAUUCGGAACAAUUCCCUGGUCUCACACCGAUUCAACAAUAGCGAAAUAUUUCAAAGAAAUGCACGCUUACAUGAGACAAUUCAACAAAUCCACAGUCCAUGAAGGAGUCGACGCCGUUUUAAGCGCCGAAAUGGACGCUUUCAUAUACGACGGCACUGUCUUAGAUUACCUCACUUCGCAAGACGAAGACUGCAGACUUCUCACCGUCGGUUCCUGGUACGCAAUGACCGGCUACGGCCUGGCCUUCCCCCGAAAUUCCAAAUACCUGAAAAUGUUCAACAAACGACUGCUGGAUUUUCGAGAAAACGGCGACCUUGAACGUCUGCGCCGCUACUGGAUGACCGGGGUCUGUAAGCCCGGAAAACAGGAGCACAAGAGCUCGGACCCCUUAGCUUUAGAACAGUUCUUAUCAGCGUUCCUAUUGUUGAUGGCGGGGAUACUACUCGCCGCGCUGCUGUUGUUUCUCGAACACUUGUACUUCAAAUACGUUCGGAAGCACCUCGCAAAGACCGACCGAGGAGGCUGUUGUGCCCUCAUCAGUCUGUCUAUGGGCAAAAGUCUGACGUUUCGAGGGGCUGUGUACGAGGCUCAAGACAUCCUGAGACAUCACCGCUGCAGAGACCCCAUUUGCGACACUCAUCUCUGGAAAGUCAAACGGGAGUUGGACAUCUCCCAAAUGAGGUGUAAGCAGCUGGAGAAGGAGUUGGAAGCGCACGGUAUAAAGCCGCCGCCUCCAUGCAAACGGCGUCAACGUAACACCACCUGUCUUUCGUCCUGUCUGGAUUCUUCCGAAUCACCUGAUGUAAUAGUUUCUGGAGAACAAGCCAGAUCUAGGUUAAGAAGCUUAAAUCCAGAUAAAAGUAGCAACUCUGAUUUAUUUGGUCAGAAGACAGAAAUAGCAGAAAUGGAAACAGUACUGUGAUCAAUUAAGAAAAUCGAGAUGAACAACACCAAAUAAUUUCCGAGUACAUUGGUACCAUCAUCAUUGCCUGAAACAAAGAACUCUUAUGAAUUGUGGUGCAUUGUUAAAUAGUAUCAGUGACUACCUAACACAUACCAAUACAAAACUUCUUGGUGCCGGAUAAGCUCAUAAUUCGUCAAAUACAAAUAGCAUUUAGAUCGAAAUAUUUAUUCAUAUUGUAGAUAGUCAGUCGCAAAUUCGACCGUUAUGACGUUAAACUGACUGAACGUUGUAUAGAUUACAUUUUUAUCAAACUCAAAGACUAAUGUUGCAGAACAAAUUAUUUUGUCGCCCAACUGUAACCUAUACCACUUUCUAUUAGUUUACAUUGUUGUUGCUAUAAUGUUGUUGCUGUUAUUGUUGAUGUUUUCACGCUAUAAAUUAUGUCAAUAUGAUGUAUAAUAAAGGUCAUGAGAAAUUUCAAAACGGAAAUUUUAUCACACACCACCAAUAAACCCCAACACGUAUCCCGGAAAUAAAACCGUAGAAUUUAGUUGUAAAAAAUUUAAGAGACAAUGUUCACAAGACUGCCUUUGUUGCAUAAGAUUGCAAACUAAAUUUUUAAAUAAAUUCCUCCUCGACUUCUAGUAGAAUUAAACAACAUUGAAAAUUUCUAAUGACCGUUCAGAAGUACACGACAGGAGUCUGUUUUUUAUGUUUGUUUAGAACAAAUACUUUCGACUCAUUUGUAGGAAGCCUACUCCUUGGCCUAAUUCUAGACAGUUUUUAACAGAUUUGUAAAUCGAAAAAUGAUUUGACGCUUAAAUGAUGGCUUAGUUGAUGACACUGUUAGCCACUAAAUGGUAAAUGUCUUGAAUGCAUGUCCAUACAAAACACUCGAAACAUUUAAUAAAAUCAAUGUUAGGGACUAAAAAAUUCGUCUCUUAAAUGUGUGUAAAUAUUAAUAAUUUUACGUUAGUGUCAGUGUCUGUUUAUGCAUUUAGUGUCAAAUCGUUUUUCGAAGAAAACAUAAAAUCAAAAAAAAAAACAAAUAUGUUCAAAAUCGUCGGAAUAUUCCAACUCCGGAAAUUCGAAUAAAUUCUUAAUGAAUUUAUUCAAGUUUCAAGAUUAAUCGCACGUUGUUUAGUUUGUAAACCCACACAUUGUAAACAAAUGUAAAAUCUUCAUUUGAAAAUGCUUUAAAUCUCAUAAUCACAAAAAUGGAGAUUCUACAUUUCGUCAUUGAUUUGAAAGUUGUUUUGUAAGUGUAUAAGAAAUAUUUUGGCCGAAUUAACUGUGUACUAUUCUGUGUUGAUCAUUUUGUAUUAAAUAAACGAAUGUAAAUAAGAUUGCAAUAAAACCUAUAUUUAAACAAGUCAAUAAUAUAGAAACAGUAUAAAUGUUAACCAUGUAAUCCGUAUAUAUUUCAGUAAAUAAAACGUAAACGUAAAUGUUCCAAUAAA